AGAUCGCCUGCUUUAGUGCUGUGAGACGCGCACUCCAAUUCUGCCUUUAGAUUCUUUAUUUUGCUUUGUGCUUUCCGUUGAUUAUUUCUCUUCUACACAUUUGGUGUGUGCUGCAGCGUCUCUUCACCGUAGAUCUUUCUUUUUUCCGACUCGCACAUUGCCGCUGUCCUUCAACUCGGUAGACUUAGGCGUCUUACUUUACGGAGCGUAGUCUUCUUCGUUUUCUUCGCACACCCAUUCCUUCGCGGCGAUGAACACCUCCCUUCUCGUGCAGGACGUCGAGGAAAUACAGGGGGCGGUGGAUUGGUGGUACCGCCAGUCGUCGUCCAACCUGCAAGCCAGCCACGCCUCAUUCAUUGCGCAGCUGCGGCAGCUGCAGGAGCGCCUGGGCGACGAGGGCGGCCUGCCUUCCUCCGCCCACGUCGACGCGAUGAUCACCCCGCCGCGUCACAUGUACAUGUCCGACGACAACUUCGCUGGUUCGCCCGCCAUGGCCUCCCCGCCCAUCAGCCGCGGCCAGCUGAACUACGAUAACUUGCUAGACGAGGUCGUCAGCAAAGGCACUUCGAUGCCGCCGUUCAACCCGGAGGAGGAGGCGGAGCGGCGCAAGCGGCCCAACCCGGACGCGGUCAAAGUGCCGGCUACCCCGCCAGACGACUACAACGGCCCUUGCCAGGUGCUGGUGGAGUUUAAGCGCAAGCGGAUGCUGCAGUACGAGUCGCCCUGCUACGUCGCCCCAGGCGAGCACGUCGUCGUCGGUGGUGAUCGGGGGGAAGACAUAGGCCUCGUCACGCACACGUGGACCGGCGCGGAGGCGCAGCACCUCGGCGAGAAUCGCGACAAAGGCGUCGGCAAAGUGCUGAGAGUGGCGAGUGUUUUGGAGGUCACGCAGCUGCAGGGGGUGCAGACGGAGCUGGAGACGCGUGCGGUCGAGGUGGCGCAGGAGAAGGUGCAGGAGAGCGGGCUGCCGAUGCGCAUCGUGGAUGCCGAGUACCAGUUCGAUCGCCGCAAGCUGACGUUCUACUACCAGUCGAUGCACCGCCUGGACUUCCGGACGCUCGUGCGGGAUUUGUACAAGACCUUUCGCGCGCGCAUCUGGAUGGAGCCGGACACCGCCGCCUAA